AUGGCGGCAGCAGCGGCGGCAGCAGGGUGGCUGGGCUGGCUGCUGGCAGGGCUCUACCUGGGCCACGCCGCCGAAGAGGCGGCGCAGGGCCCGCGAGUGCUAGGCAUCUGCCUGGAACAGGCCGGGGCCGCGGGCGCGGCGUGGGCGCGUGGAGGGGAGGUGCCGGCCGCGCCUGAGGCCACCUUCCGUUUGCGCCUCUUCGGCUCGGGCUUCGCCAACAGCUCUUGGUCCUGGGCGGCUCCCGAGGGGGCGGGCUGCCCCGAGGGUGGGCCGGCCGCGGCGACCCUGACAGGCGAGUGGCGCACGCUACUGCGUUUGCGUGCGGAAACCGAGCACCCGCACUCGGCGCUGCUGGCAGUGCGCGGAGAGCCGGGCGGCGCGGCAGACGAGAAGACGGCGGCGGCGGCGGCGGCACCCGCGGGCGAGUGGCGUGCGCUGCUGCGCCUGCGCGCCGAGGCCGUGCGCACGGAGCCGAGCGUCGGGGCGGUGUUCCAGGAGGCGGGGCCGCCCUGGGCGCUUGGCCUGGGGGCGGCGGGGCUGCUGGCGCUGGCAGCACUGGCACGGGGCCUGCAGCUGACCGCGCUGGUGCUGGCACCGGCUGAGGUGCAGGUGCUGCGCGAGAACGGGUCGGAGGCGGAGCGCGCGGCGGCGCGGCGCCUGGAGCCGGCGCGGCGCUGGGCCAGCUGUGCCCUUGGCGCGCUGCUGCUGCUAGCCAGCCUGGCACAGGCGGCGCUGGCGGUGCUGCUGUACCGCGCGGCCGGCCAGCGCGCCUUGCCUGCCGUGCUGGGCAGCGCGGGACUCGCGUUUGUGGUGGCCGAGGUGCUGCCAGCUGCCGUGAGCGGACGCUGGACGCUAGCGCUGGCCCCACGCGCUCUGGUGCUCAGCCGCCUGGCGGUGCUGCUCACCCUUCCCGUGGCCUUGCCGGUGGGUCAGCUGCUGGAGCUUGCGGCGCGACCAGGGCGGCUUCGCGAGCGCGUGCUGGAGCUGGCACGAGGCAGUGGCGACCCCUACAGCGACCUCAGCAAGGGGGUGCUGCGCUACCGGACAGUGGAGGAGGUGCUCACGCCGCUUGAGGACUGCUUCAUGCUAGACGCCAGCACCGUGCUGGACUUUGGCGUCCUGGCCAGCAUCAUGCAGAGUGGCCACACGCGCAUCCCCGUGUACGAGGAGGAGCGCUCCAACAUCGUGGACAUGCUCUACCUCAAGGACUUGGCCUUCGUGGACCCUGAGGACUGCACGCCGCUCAGCACCAUCACCCGCUUCUACAACCACCCGCUCCACUUUGUCUUCAACGACACCAAGCUGGACGCCGUUUUGGAGGAGUUCAAGCGAGGGAAGUCCCACCUGGCCAUUGUGCAGAAGGUGAACAACGAGGGUGAAGGGGACCCCUUCUACGAGGUCCUGGGCCUGAUCACCCUGGAGGAUGUCAUUGAGGAGGUCAUCAAGUCCGAGAUCCUGGACGAGUCUGAGGACUACCGAGACACCACAGUGAGGAAGAAGCCUGCUUCUCUCAGUGCCCCUCUCAGGCGGAAAGAGGAAUUCUCCUUGUUCAAGGUGUCUGACGAUGAGUAUAAAGUGAAAAUCUCGCCUCAGCUGCUCUUGGCCACCCAGCGCUUCCUUUCCCGAGAGGUAGAUGUGUUCAGCCCAUUGCGAAUCUCCGAGAAGGUCCUGUUGCACCUGCUGAGGCACCCCAGCGUCAACCAGGAGGUGAGGUUUGACGAGAGCAACCGCCUGGCUGCACACCAUUACCUGUACCAGCGCAGCCAGCCGGUGGAUUACUUCAUCCUCAUCCUGCAGGGCAGGGUUGAGGUGGAGAUUGGGAAGGAAGGCCUGAAGUUUGAGAAUGGGGCCUUCACCUACUAUGGCGUGUCUGCCCUGACGGCGCCGUCCUCAGUUCACCAGUCCCCAGUGUCCUCGCUCCAGUCCCUCCGCCAUGACCUGCAGCCCGAACCAGCUGACGGCACCCGCUUGUCCACAUAUCGUCCUGACUACACUGUGAGGGCCCUCUCUGACCUGCAGUUCAUCAAGGUCACGCGGCUGCAGUACCUCAAUGCACUCCUGGCUACCCGAGCCCAGAACCUGCCACCAUCCCCUGACAACUUGGACCUCCAGGUCAUCCCAGGCAGCCAGACCAGGCUCCUCAGUGAUAGGACAGUCACAGCAGCAGCGUCCAACCACGACAGACCUGGCCUCCCAGCGGAGGAGAGCCCUGGGCGGAACCCAGGAGUCUAACUGCUUGCCAGGCUGCCCCAGGUCUGGGGAAUAGACAAGCACAUGGGGACUGGAGAGAGCCCAGCCUCGGAGUAGCUUCCUGCCAGCCGGUCCUCACCCCUCCAGGCCACGUUUUAGAUGGCCCUUAGAGAUGUGGGUCCAGGGUUCUCGGGGCCAGCCGUCAGUGCCGGGAGCCUUCAGCAGGUCCUGCCUCCUUCAGGAAUGGGGGUCAGCGGGGCACAGCCCUCCAGGCCUGCUUCUGAAGGGAGUGGGAGCAGCAGCGUCAUCUCCUCCCUGUGACUGCUGUGCCUGCACCUCUCCAGGCCGGGCCAUGCUGUCCCAGGAAGAGUAACCAACUAUUAGACCAGUUUCACACCGUCCUCCUAGUCUUCGGUCAGGAUUGUAUAGCUGUGAGCGCGGGCAGAGCGCAAGGGAAGGAAGGCUUGGAUAAGGACCAGGUCUUUCUGUUUCCUGUCCCUAGCUACAGGAUUUUAGAGAAUCGGGAACAAGAAGGUGUUUUUUCUUCCAGUUUACCUCUGUUUACCGGCCACAGUUCUUUGCUGUGUAGAAAUGGGCAUCACAGGAACCUGGGAUCUUAGAUUGGGUAGGUGAAGUGGAGGAUUUCUGGAACCUUUCUCAAAGGAAUUUGGGUUCUAUCUGGAAUCAACAGGGAUGAAGUUCGAACAGUGGGCUGCUUGCUGAUAAGUUGUUCUCGAGGAAUUCACUCCAAGAGCAAAACCCCAUGUGGGAAACAGAUGCAGCAGGCCUUGAAUAAUGUCUCAUCACUGUGUUGUUGCAAUGCUGAUGAGCUGUCCUAGGAACCUAACUUGCUAUUGAGGACAUUAAGUGAAGACUUACUAUACUUCCAAAGCAGUUCUUUCCAGAACAGUAGUUCUUCACCUUGGUUGCACAUUAGAAUCACCUGGAAAAUUAAAAAUUCUGAUACCUGGGGCCCAUCCCCAGGUAGGAUAUAUUGGUCUGAGCAUCAGGAUUUUACUUUCUGAAAUUAUUUUAGAGUCACAGAAGUGUUUCAUGUACCCUUCAUCUAGCUUCCCCUACUAUUAACAUCUUACGUCACCUAGGUACAUUUAUCAAAAUUAAAAGAUUAACACUGGUACAAAAAUAACUAGAUUAUACUUUAUAUGCAUUUUACCAGUUUUUCUAAUGUCCUUUUUCAGUUGCAGGAGCCAUUCCAGGAUACCAGUUUGCAAUGAAAGCUAUUGUUUUUUCUGUUUGUUUUGAAAUAAUCACAGACGCAUAGGAAGUUGCAAAGAUAGAGAUACCCAUCAUCCUGUUUUCCUCAGUGGUUACAUCUUACUUAGUUAUAAUAAAGUAUCAAACCAGGACCUGGACACUGGGCAGUGAGGGUGUGUAGUUAUAUGUCAUCUUCUCGUGUAGCUUUGUGUAACCACCACUACAGUCUAGACACACUGUCCCAUCACCAUCAGAAUCUCCUUCCAACUCCCCUUUUAGAGCCACACCCACUCCCUCUGGCUGCCAUCCCUAAUCCCUGGCAACCAUUGAUGUUUGUCAUCUCUCUAAUGCAAUCAUUUCAAGAAUGUUGUAUAAAUGGGAUCAUAUAGUAUGACCAUUGAUGUUUGUCAUCUCUCUAAUGCAAUCAUUUCAAGAAUGUUGUAUAAAUGGGAUCAUAUAGUAUGUAACAAUUUGGGAUUGGCUUUUCUCAGCAUAUACUCUGGAGAUUCGUCCAGUUGCGCGUGUCCACAGUUCGUCCCUUUUGGUGGUUGCAUGGUGUUCUGUGGUGUGCUCAUUGUUUUAGUUAAGGACAUCUACGUGGUUUCCAGUUUUUGGCUAUCCCAAAUAAAGCUGCUAUGAACAUUCAUUACAGGUUUUUGUGUAAACAUUGGUUUCUUUCUCUGAAAUAAAUGUCCAGUAGUACAUUCACUAGAUUAUAUGGUCAUUGCAUGUUUUGUUUUUAAAAACUGACAAACUUGCCCAGCUGUUGUGGCUCAGUGGAUUGAGUGUC